AUGAUUUGGAAGGGUUACUGGACUCCGUUGGAGAUGAGCGACGUUUGGGAGCUUCGUGAAGACGAUCAUGCUUAUCACGUUUUGAAGAAAUUUAGAAAAAUCAAGCGUACAACUAACUUUGCCUUGAAACUUGUUAUUCAUUUUAAACGUGAAUUGUUAGUUGCAGGUUUCUGGGCCGUUCUCUAUUCGUUCACCACCUUUGGUCCUUCGUUAAUUCUCAAAAAGAUUCUUGAAUAUGUUGAAAAUCCUAACAGUAUUCCCACAAAUGUCGCCUGGCUCUAUGUAUUUGGAAUUUUUGCUUUCGGUGUUAUUGAUAAUGUAGGAACUGGUCAAGCGCUGUUUAUCGGCAGACGAAUCUGUAUUCGUAUGCGUGCCAUUAUUAUUGGCGAAGUGUAUGCAAAGGCGCUACGCCGUAAAGCGGUUGCUGGAGGUGAUUCCAAUCUAGGUAAAAAGUCGAACUCAGAUGGUGAGGAUAGCAACAAGGAGAAGGAUGAAAAUGAAGAUUCUCAAGCGAAUAUGGGUGCAAUUAUCAAUCUAAUGGCUGUUGAUGCCUUCAAGGUAUCUGAAAUCUGUGGAUAUCUGCACUACUUUGUUUCAGCAAGUAUCACUAUUUUGGUUGCUAUCUGGUUCUUGUAUUUCAUUUUAAGCUGGAGUGCAUUUGUUGGUGCGGCCGCGAUGCUUGUUAUCAUGCCCUUGAAUUACUGGUUCUCAGAGAAAUUUGCCCAGUAUCAGGAUGAAUUGAUGUCCGUGACUGAUCAAAGAGUUCAAAAAACGAAUGAGCUUUUGACCAGUAUUAGAAUCAUUAAGUAUUUUGCUUGGGAGGACAAGUUUGCUCAAGGGGUAAGUGAUAUUAGAGAAAAAGAAUUAGCCAUUCUCAAAAAGAGAUAUCUUUUGUGGGCAUUUGGUGCCUUCAUUUGGUAUUUCACUCCCCUUUUGAUCACUGUGUCAUCGUUUGCCUCCUUCACUCUUCUUCAAGGUCGCGAACUAACUGCCCCAAUUGCUUUUACUGCUCUUUCUUUGUUCAAUAUUCUCAAGUUUCCGUUAGACCAGUUAGCUGAGAUGCUUAGUAAUGUGAUCCAAUCCAAGGUUUCAGUAGAUCGUAUUGAGCAAUUUCUUAAUGAAGAUGAGACUCAUAAAUACGAACAACUUAACAAUGAUCUCCCCCGUGGACCGAACUCGCCAUACAUUGGAUUUGAAAAAGCUAAUUUUUCAUGGGUUAGCUCCGUUAAUAGCAAUGACUCUUCGAAUAUUGACUCUUCAGAAGUCAUGCCCAAGAGAAAUGAUUUCAAGCUGCGUGAUAUUGACAUCAAGUUUGCUGUUGGUGAAUUGAACGUUAUAAUUGGGCCCACAGGUAGUGGUAAGACCUCGCUGUUGAUGGCUCUCUUAGGUGAAAUGGACUUGGAUUCUGGUCGUGUUUAUUUACCCUCGGCCCAUAGCCGUGAAGAGGUUAGGCCCGAUUCCCAGACUGGUCUUACUGAAACUGUUGCAUACUGCUCUCAACAGGCUUGGUUGCUUAAUGACACUCUUAAGAAUAACAUCAUCUUUGCUAGUGAAUUUAACGAAGAAAGAUACAAGGCUGUUAUAAAGGCUUGUGCUCUAACCCGAGAUUUGGAAAUUUUAGAAGCUGGAGAUGAGACUGAAAUUGGUGAAAAGGGUAUCAACCUUUCAGGCGGCCAAAAGCAGAGAAUAUCUCUGGCUAGAGCUAUCUAUUCAAGUUCCAGACACCUUAUUCUUGACGACUGUCUGAGUGCUGUUGACUCCCACACUGCUCUUUGGAUCUAUGAGAACUGUUUGACUGGCCCUAUCGUGCAGAAUCGUACUGUUAUUCUAGUUUCACACAAUGUAGCUCUUACCAUAGCUCAGGCCUCUCAUGUAGUUAUUAUGGACAAUGGUAGAAUCAAGGCUCAAGGUACUCCUGCUUAUCUUGCGAGCUCUGGCGCUCUUGGAAAAGAUGAACUGAUUAUGCAAAGUGCAUCUCAAAGUGCUUCACAGAUUGCGACUAGAAGUGCAUCUCAGGCUGAUCUCACACAGCUCAAAGAUAAAUCUAAACCUCUUGGUGGUAAAGAGCUGGCUGACCGUCUAAAGAAGGCUAAGAUCAAGGCCAAUACUACGGAUGCACCGUCCUCAGUUUCCAGUGAUGACGAGACUCUUGAAGAGCGGUCUCAGAAGAAGAAAGGUACGUUGAUUGAGGAUGAGACUCGAUCGACAGGUACAGUUAAUAAAGAGGUGUAUAUGACUUAUUUGCGUUCAAUGGGUAAUUUGUAUUGGUGGUUUGUUUUGGCUUUCCUGUUUUGUCUCCAACCUCUUGUUGGUGUCGCUCAAUUGUGGUGGACCAGAGAGUGGACUGAUAGUGGGUACUCCGAUGCUGCAGUUUCUAUGUUUACGUCAGCUCUUGGCCUUGGUGAAUCAAAUGCUCCAGGACUACCAGUCUUGGCUCCUCCUUUGAAAGAGAGUAUCGAAAUCGGUAUCAAUACCAUCCGUGCACCCGAGCACAGCACUGGCUACUAUAUCACCGUGUAUGCCCUCAUUGGUUUCUUGCUAAUGAUUGUUGCUUCGAUUAAAGAUUUGACUAUGUUUAUGGGCGGAUUACGUGCUUCCAGAAUUCUUUUUCAUGACUUCCUGGAAUCCGUACUGAAAGCCAAAAUUAGAUUUUUCGAUUCCACACCCGUUGGUCGUCUUAUGAAUAGAUUUUCCAAAGAUAUGGAAGGUAUUGAUCAGGAUCUUGCUCCCGUGAUCGGUGGUACCGCUAGAUGUCUCAUUCAAGCAUUAGCUACUGCAAUCGUAAUCACAGUUGUCACUCCUCAAUUUGCAAUUGCAGGUGUUUUCAUCUUUUUGAUUUACUGGGCUAUCGGUGUAUUCUAUCUUGCUACUUCGAGAGAAUUGAAACGUCACGAUUCGGUCACAAAAUCGCCUAUCUAUCAGCAAUUUGGUGAAACUCUUGUGGGUGUUUCUACUAUCCGUGCAUAUGGUGAUGAGCGUAGAUUUAUUAGAGAGAACAUGAAGAAGAUUGAUACCAACAAUCGACCAUUCUUCUACAUGUGGGUAAGUAACCGUUGGCUUUCUUUUAGAGUCGAUACAGCGGCUGCUUUUGUUUCGUUUUGCGCUUCUGCGUUUGUUAUCUUGAAUUUGAAUCAUCUUGAUUCUGGUCUUGCCGGUUUGUCUUUGUCCUAUGCUUUGAGUUUCAGUGAAAAUGUCCUUUGGAUUGUUAGAUUGUAUGCAAUGCUCGAGAUGAAUAUGAAUUCUGUGGAAAGAAUCCAGGAGUAUAUGAAAGUUGAUAGUGAAGCACCAACAGUGACUGAUAUUCGACCCCCUUCGGACUGGCCAAGUCGUGGUGAAAUUGAAAUUGAAAAUUUAUCUCUGAGAUACGCUGCGGACUUGCCAUUGGUGAUUAAAAAUGUUACUUUUAAAGUGGAGCGGUUUAAUAAGAUCGGUAUUGUUGGACGGACUGGUGCAGGAAAGUCCACUAUUAUCACCGCCUUGUUCCGCUUCAUUGAGGCUGAGACCGGUUUCAUCAAGAUAGAUGGGUUAGAUAUCUCCACGUUGGGUCUAUUUGAUCUUAGAAGGGCUCUAGCUAUUAUUCCUCAAGAUCCAACUCUGUUCACAGGUACUAUUAGAUCAAAUUUAGAUCCCUUCAGUGAGUAUAAUGACCAGCAAAUCUUUGAGGCAUUGAGAAGAGUUCAUCUUAUUCCGAAUGCGUCAAACCCUGGUGAAGUUGUAGAAGUUGUGGAAGGUGAAAAUGUUAACCAAUUCCUAAACUUGGACUCUCAAGUCUCUGAGGGAGGUGGCAACCUUUCCCAGGGUCAAAGGCAACUAAUGUGUCUGGCAAGGUCGUUAUUGAAAGCGCCUAAAGUACUACUACUAGAUGAAGCCACUGCCUCGAUCGAUUACGAGACUGAUGCUAAGAUUCAGAACACAAUCCGAGAGGAAUUCAAGGACACUACAAUUUUAACAAUCGCCCACAGAUUGCGAUCAAUCAUUGAUUAUGAUAAAAUUCUUGUGAUGGAUGCGGGCCAGGCAGUGGAAUAUGAUACUCCACACAGUCUGAUCUCUAACCCAGCUACAAUAUUUCACAAUAUGUGUUCCAAGAGUGGUGAAAUGGAAGCGUUACAAAAGCUGGCUCAUGAGGCCUCGAAGGCGUAG